CGCGCAAGGCCUCGAAUCCUGCGCCGUCACCGGUGCCGUAUUACCACUUCCCAGCCCACUUGUGCUGCAACGCUUCACCACGGAGGAUGCCAGGCUGUGCCCCGACGCUUGGGGCCGCUUCCUCCUUCCCUCCCCUUCUCCUUAACACUUCUCCGCUCAUCAAGCAGCACGGUAGCCUCUAGAUCCUGCUGCUCUCCUCGUUCGACAUGGCUGAACCAGCUUCGUCAAUCAAGUCGCGCAUUGCGGCGCUGAACAUCGAGCAGGUCCACGCGCCCUCGCCUGGGAGUCGCCCCGCGUACAGCUAUGAGCAAGCAACGACGCCGAAGAAGAAGCCACCCCCGCCACCUCCUCCUGCCCCAGGCCAGCGACCGCCGGUUCAACAGAGACAGCAGACUGUGAACAACCCUCCUAUCUUCAGCAAUGCGCCAACAUCAGCGAGGUAUUUGGGAAACCAGCCGGCGCCUGCGAAGCCCGACACGCCGAAGAUAUCGCCCGCACUUCCUCCUCGGCCGCCCCCUCGAAGCGAUUCGAAGCAACCCCCCAGCUUGCCGCCCCGCAAGUCCUCCGAGAAUACUCCCAGUCUACCGCCCCGCAAAUCUUCCGAGUACAGCAUAAGAAGACGAGACUCUACAGAAUCUAUAGCUACGGUAUCUUCGGGGAUAUCGUCGCUUUCUCUAGGUUCCGCGAAAACGGCGUUCAGCAAUGCCACGUCGAACGGUGGGCAGCUCCAUCAAGUACGAGCGCCAGCCUAUGAUCCCUCCAAGCUACCCCCGCUGCCACCGAAAAAGGCGCCUGAGGAUCCUAAGCAGAGCAAAGCGACCUUGAAAGCCAUGAAGUCAACCACAGACGUGCUCGCAAGCAGAUCGUUACCGCCCCAGCUACCAUCUCGGCCACCACUACCUACACGGCCAGAAUCCAAGGCGAAGGACCAUGUUCAGCCAGAAAAGCGUCAGAUACUACCCCCGCCGCGGCGCUCAGCUCUCGACUUUGGAAUGAACAAGUCCACUGAGUUGCCUCCUUCCAUUCCCACUAGUCGACCGUCGGCUGAUUCUUCUCCUUCUCCUGACCCAGGUGCACCUCCGCCUAUUCCAUUAGCGUCUCGCCCGAAUUUGGAUGCUAUUAUGGCCUCGAAACCCAAGCUGGGCGCUACGGCGGCUUGCCUCAAGUGCCGUGACUUCUCCGCUCCUGACAGCCAUGCUGCCCGAUUCUCUCGUAAUAACCUCCCGUCUUCGGACGUAGGCUGGCUUGCAUCUCAGCUGACUUCGUCUUUCCCAUCACCCACCGACAAGGCACGAGCUAUCUUUGUCUGGCUGCAUCACAACGUCGACUAUGACACGCACUCCUUCUUUAGCGGGACCAUCUCUCCUUCUACACCAGAACGGACGAUCACAACGGGACUGGCUGUGUGUGAAGGCUACGCCGGCCUUUUUGCGGCUCUAGCGCUCAAAGCUGGCUUGGAAGCCGUCGUAGUUUCGGGGCAUGGAAAGGGCUUCGGCCAUUCGGCCCUCAAACCCGGCGAUCCCCUUCCUGCGUUCAGUUGUGGUCAUGCGUGGAAUGCUGUACGGAUUGAUAAUGGGGAGUGGAAGCUGAUCGAUGCUUGUUGGGGGGCUGGAAGCCUUGGAUGUGGCAAUACCUAUUCGAGGCAUUUCACGCCUUCCCAAUUCACAAUGGAUAACAACGAUUUCGGCUACUCACAUUACCCCGCAGAUCAGUCGCACUUGUUCCGGACGGAUGGUCGUAUCAUGACCUGGGAAGAGUAUGUCAUGGAUGACAUGGGCGGACGAGUCCAAAUCUACGGAGACCCAGACGACCAUGGCCUUGGAGUCCGCACUUUCCAACCGGCGAUGAGACACCUCAAGGUCCAUGACCCGCACGAUGCACCCGUCGUUCGGUUCCAGUUCGCCACCGUAUGUCCGCACUGGAAUCAUGAGAGAAACGGAAAGGGGAAGCCGUACAUCUUUACCCUCCAUGUGGGUGGCAGGGAUGGCAGGAACUCUCAGCACCUCCCCUUCAAUACGGACGGCAAGGUCUGGUGGUUGGACGUUAACCGCAUUGAGCUCGGCUGCAUGGGUCAGAAGGUCAGCCUCAUGGCUGUCAUUGAGUUUGACGGUCGCGAUGGUAGAGGCCUGACCAUGUCGCAGUAUAAGGCAAGGGUAGGGAGAUGUGCUAUGAAAUGGAGUAGUGUUGCAAUGUGGGAACUGGUUUAAUGCAUGGACACGGGACAUAUGGAUACCCUAAGACCGGACUGGAUUAUUGGUCUGCAUAAUUGCGAUUUGAGUGGCCAUGGUAUUUGCAUUGGGAUUCUGUUCUUUAUAUCAAGACAACCACAUUGAGCGAACGUCAGCGUCAGACCAAAUAGUCGCGCUAAUGUCAAACAAAUAUGCCC